GGCUCGCAGGCGGCAGGGGCGCUCCGCCGAGGUCGGCAACAUGUCCACGGCGAUGAACUUCGGCAGCAAGAGCUUCAAGCCGCGGCCGCCGGACAAGGGCGCCUUCCCGCUGGACCACUUCGGGGAGUGCGGCGCCUUCAAGGAGCAGUUCCUGGAGUGCCUGCGCCAGAGCGGCUCCGAGAGCAGCGCCUGCCGCCCCCGCGCCAUGGCCUACCUGCAGUGCCGCAUGGAGAGGCAACUUAUGGCUAAUGAACCACUGGAAAAAUUGGGAUUUAAAGACCUGAUAGAUGAGAAAUCAGAAGCAAAACCUGAAAAGCUGUAAUGAAGACAAGAAAACUUCUCUUGUAUGGAAAGCAUAACUCUUACAUAGUACAUAUUGUAUCCUCUGUUCAUUUUGGAAUAGGAAGUGCUUCCCAAAUGAACUAUUUUUCCAGAAUUCUCUUUCCAAAUAUAAGAUUUUUUGGAAUGAGUAGAAGUGCUGCAGUUGUUGACUUUGCUUCUGAUGUAUUUAACUUUUUCUGUCCCUUUUUUUUUUUUUUUUUUAAUAUUUCUCUAGUCUGGCCUUAAAGAUCUGUAAGAUUAUUUUGCACAUGAGAAAACUGUUGUUGCUUGAGGUGUUCUCUGACAAAAGAACUCAUGUCUCUGUAUGAAAAAUAAAGUUUUAUUUUUAAAAAAACCUAAAA